AUGACUGACGAAGCUCUGAUCUUCGACGGCGACAAGCCGCUUGGCCACAGCAAUUUUGAGGAAGACUUGAGCGACGAUGAUGACCUUGUUGACGGCACUGCCCAAGCAGCUGACGAUUCCGAUAACGGUGACUUCAAGCUCGACGGCUUCGACGAUCUUGGUAUCUCCCAAGAUGAGGAUGAGGCAGAUGACUACGAUCCAGAAUAUGACGACGACAUCGCCGGUCAGAAGCGCAAGCGCGCCCGGCUUGAUGGUUCCUCCAAGACUACCACGUCCCUCCAACGCUCUGUCAUCAGCGCUCAGACCGACAAUGCAGAGGCCUUCAUUCUAGACGAAGAUAACGAUUUCUCAUACCAACAGCCUUCCCGCGUUCCGGGUACCUUCGGCCGUCAUAACCGUCGUAAGGGAGAGAGUCUUCCAGCGUACCACAAGCGUGUCUCUCAUGAACUAGAUUCUGAUGACGAACUAAUGAUGCAGAUGCGUGAGAAGGGCUUCAGUGACCGCCAGAUUGCCGACAAGCUUGCUAAAGAUGGCCGUGUUCGCUACGAUCAGAAAUCCAUCUCUACGCGCAUCAUGCGCAUUCGCCUUGCACAGGCUGACAAUGUUGACUUCCUUCUGAAGGAAGGCUACAAGGAAUGGGAAUACGCCGAUGACGAACUCCUAAUUCAAGCUCAUGCUCUUGCAGACAUCGAGAUCAACUACGAGAUUGAACGUAUCCGUGCCUGGCGCUUCCGCAAAGUGUCCGAGUACAUGCGCCGGCUUAACAAAGAGGCUCUCUUCUCUGCUCUCGCAUGUCGCGAGCGCUACAAUGCCAUCAUCGAAGGCACUGCUCGUAUUCCCACAGAGGUGGAUGAUGAUCCUGACGCCCGUCGUGCAGAAAUGGAAAACUUCCGUAUGACCCGCGAGAAGACCCGCAACGAAGAGAAGGCCAAGCAGGACGCCCUAGAAGCUGCUGAAGCUAAAGCUAAGAACGAAACCAGAUUCCGGAAUGCUCAAAAGGCUGAGGAUAUCGCCAACAAGCACGCUAACAAAGAAUCGGAGAAGGCUCAUCGCGCGAUGACCCGCGCUGCUCAAGCCCAAAUUCGCGCUGCUCGAGCCAUAGAGAACGUCAAUGCCAAAUCUCAGCGCAAUGCCCAGCUGAAGAACCAGAAGAAAGUCCGAGAGACCAAGAAGCCCGUCGCAAACAAGAAUGCUCCUUUUACUCUCGCCAACGUCAAGAAGGUGCCUUCCGAGACCCCCGACCCACGCUCUUACCUCUUGGUCUCCGAUCUGAAGAAGAUCUGCGAGGAGCGCGGUCUAGACCUUCCGAGGAAGAAGAACAAGGCUAGUUUUGUGCAAGCACUUAUCGAUGCGGAUGACGAGUACAGCCAGAACGACCUCAAGAAGAUGUGUCGCGCCAAGGGCUUGAACGCGAACGGCAGUAAGUUACAGAUGAAGCAUGAGUUGGCAUUGGCUGAGGCCCGAACUUAUGGUUCCUACGGCAAAAACACUAUAGCUGCGGCUACAGAGGAAGAUGGUGAUGAUGAGAUGGACAUGAAUGAGGAGUAG